CCUCCGGGACUUGAGAGGCUCAGCUGACCUGCUGACUGAAAACCGAUAUGGCGGCCACUCUGGGCAGCGGAGAACGCUGGACCCAAGCUUACAUUGAUGCAAUUAGAAGAAACAAAUACCCAGAAGACAGACGACCUGGCAGUCAUGAUCCCUGUGGUUGCUGUAACUGCAUGAAGGCACAAAAGGAAUCGAAGCCUGAGAAUGAGAGGACUCAGCCCCGGCAGGGAGAGGGGAGCUCCACUUACACCGAGGAACAGCUACUUGGGGUCCAAAGAAUCAAGAAGUGCAGAAAUUACUAUGAAAUUCUGGGAGUUUCUCGCAACGCCAGUGAUGAAGAACUUAAGAAAGCUUACAGGAAGCUCGCCCUGAAGUUUCAUCCUGACAAGAACUGUGCUCCUGGAGCAACAGAAGCCUUCAAAGCAAUAGGAAAUGCCUUUGCGGUCCUGAGCAAUCCCGACAAGAGACUCCGCUAUGAUCAGUAUGGAGAUGAGCAGGUGACUUUCACUGCACCUCGAGCCAGAUCUUACCAUUAUUACCGGGAUUUCGAAGCUGACAUCUCUCCAGAGGAACUAUUCAAUGUGUUCUUUGGAGGACAUUUUCCUUCAGGAAAUAUUCACAUGUUCUCAAAUGUGACAGAUGACAGUCACUAUUAUCGCAGGCGACCCCGCCAUGAGAGGACACAGACACACAAGAGAGAGGAAGAAGACAAACCUCAGACUCCAUAUUCCGCAUUUGUUCAGCUGCUUCCAGUUCUGGUGAUUGUGAUUAUUUCUGUCAUUACUCAGCUGCUGGCCACUAACCCCCCAUAUAGUCUAUUCUAUAAAUCAACCUUGGGCUAUACCAUUUCUAGAGAAACGCAGAACCUGCAGGUGCCUUACUUCGUGGAUAAAAACUUUGACAAGGCCUACAGAGGAGCUUCUCUUCGUGACCUGGAGAAAACAAUAGAAAAAGACUAUAUUGACUACAUUCAGACAAGCUGUUGGAAGGAGAAACAGCAAAAGUCAGAGCUGACCAAUCUGGCGGGGCUGUAUCGAGAUGAGCGGCUGCGGCAGAAGGCAGAGUCACUGAAACUUGAAAACUGUGAAAAACUUUCCAAGCUAAUCGGCCUCCGGAGGGGCGGCUGAGGUGAAGAUGGCCCGACUCAGGAUGGGGGUUUCUUACUUGUUACUAUUUACAUUGCAAAUUCAUUUUAUAAUACAAGUUAGGAGAUGAUGAACACUUA